GAGAAAAAGAAAUUCCUGACACAAAGCCGUCGGUUAAAAGGUGGCUUGUCAUUUACGAGGACGAGCAAGAGGUUAGCGCGGCGGUGCCGUGACACUGACCACCUUUGGGUGUUUUUUAUUAUUCCAGGAGCAGAGUUCAGGAUUGCACGGACCUCCUUUUCUUUUUGUGUACAUUUCUGCAAGCGGUGAACAGCGAGAGGCGCAUAGCACACAUCGUGUACAUGCAUGGUAUCAGAGAGGGUCAAUUUAUUCGCCUUUUACCCUCUCUGCUCACCGGAGUGGUUUCCACUCGUGAAGUUAGCUAUACGGUGUGUGCCGGGGGGGGCUCUCUGCUCUGUGUAUUUCAAAGGCAGGGGCUGACAAUGUGUGUGUGCGCGUGUGUGUGUGCACCGCCGUUAUAGAAAAGCAGCUCAGUGUGAAGCUACAGCCUGCAUAAUAAAAAAUCCACUGCCAGGGCAGGUUUAGCAGGCUAAGCUACAGAGCUAGUUGCUGCUACUGUAGCCACAAGGUAGAGACAGACAGGCGAGCAAGGCGAGUUACACACACAUAGACACACACACACACUGAAUGCACACGGCGAGGAGACCGUGAAGCAUGCUGCACACAAAUCGGCCUGCAUUUGCAAAGAAAAAAAAAGAGCACAUUUUCCGAGAAGCAGCAGCAGCACUAGUUCAGGUUUUGGAGUUUGCCUUGGGAGAAAUGACUACUGAGGUGACGCGUGUGCAAGGCGUCUGACAGGGCAGCUUUUAAUUUGGGUGAAAUUAUUAUUUUUGAAGGUCCUGGAAGAUCUGCAAACUUAUUAUUGGAUGCACAGGAGUUAUAUUUUCAUUAUUAUAACUCAAAGGCUUGCGUUAGGUUUUUGUUUCUUGCAGGACCUGAGGUUACCAACCUUUAUUUUCUAGGCUGCUGGCAUACAUUUGUCUGACUUAAAAACACAUAUCACAGAAAGUAGAAUCCAGCUGACCCAGAAAAUAUAAAUCAAUGCUUUUGUGAAAAUAGGACAGUGUUUUUUUCUGCUUUCAAUAGGGAGGCUGUUUGCUUUGAGAUAUUCAACAACUGGAGGUCACAGCUUCUUUUUUUUCCGUUACUCACCACUGCAUCACAGGAUUUAACCAACAAAUGAACUCCGGAGCUGCUGAUUACCCUCCAAAAAAGAUGUUAAAUUGAGGGCAUUUCUUCUUCUUCUUCUUCUUCUUCUUGUGCUGGUGGCUGCAUCAGGAGGUCUGGUAUAAAAAGCCUGUCAAGCCCACAGUGGCCACUUUGCUAUCAGUCAGGGAGGUCAGGCAGGAGGGAGAACUCAGGGCUGCAAGGAGACACACAGCGGAGCCCGACUGCAGUGUGUCGUGGUCGUGUUGGUCGGCCGGGUCGCUGCUGCUGCUGCUCCUGCUGCCACUGCUGCUGCUGGGAGACUUCCUGGGCUUCUUGAGCGGCUCUGAAGGAUGACCGCUGCACGGCUCGCUGCUGAAUCCCGGUGAACGAACGGCGUCUCAUGUCCAAACGGCGGAAGGAUGGCUCAUGGCAAAGUGACCAUCACGGUGGACGAGUACAGCUCCAACCCCACACAGGCCUUCACACACUACAACAUCAACCAGAGCCGCUUCCAACCUCCUCAUGUCCACAUGGUGGACCCCAUUCCUUAUGACACUCCCAAGCCAGCAGGACACACCAGGUUUGUGUGUGUGUCAGACACACAUUCGCGUACAGACGGCAUCCAGAUGCCCUACGGCGACGUGCUGCUGCACAUGGGUGACUUCACCGAGCUGGGCCUGCCCUCCGAGGUUAAGAAGUUCAACGACUGGCUAGGCGGCCUCCCGUACGAGUUUAAGGUGGUGAUCGCUGGAAACCACGAGCUGACCUUUGAUAAGGACUUUAUGGCCGAGCUGGUCAAGCAGGAUUACUACCGAUUCCCCUCAGUCUCCAAACUGAAACCAGAGGACUUUGACAAUGUCCAGUCGCUCCUCACAAACUGUGUGUACCUGCAGGACUCGGAUGUCACCAUAAAGGGAUUCCGGAUAUACGGGGCGCCAUGGACUCCGUGGUUUAACGGCUGGGGGUUCAACCUGCCUCGGGGUCAGUCUCUGCUGGAUAAAUGGAACCUCGUCCCUGAAGGCAUCGACAUCCUGAUGACCCACGGACCUCCGCUCGGUUUCCGAGACUGGGUCCCCAAGGAGCUGCAGCGGGUCGGCUGUGUGGAGCUGCUCAACACGGUGCAGAAGAGGGUGCGACCCAAACUUCAUGCCUUUGGAGGCAUUCACGAAGGCUACGGGAUCAUGACAGACGGCUUCACGACGUUCAUCAACGCGUCGACCUGCACCGUCAGCUUCCAGCCUACCAACCCCCCCAUCGUGUUCGACCUGCCCAACCCCUCCAGCUCCUGAGACCAGAGGACGGGGGUGGGGAUGGUCACGGGCUCGAUAAACUACUUUUUUUCUAUAAAUAUGUCAAGUUUAAAAAAAAAAAAAUUCUAAGUGUUUCUUUGCAAACUUUUGGUCUUCUCCAAGCUGUUGUUGAGAUCGAGAAGAUUUGGAGACGUGGGGCGGGGUGGGGAGUUUGUCGGGGAGGGUUAAAGGAGAAUACCGGUGUUUUCUGUUUUUUUCUUCUAAUCGUGCCAACAGUGCUGGUUUCCCUCUGAGGUUUUUGUUUUCAACACAGUCAGCGUAGUUGCAGAUAUCAGGGUUUGUUUUCCUCCAGAAGGAGAAGAGUGUUUUUCCAAUCUCGUCUGUCUGAAAAAACAACUGCCACAUUGCGAGGUAAUCCAUGAAGAAACUUUGUCUUUUGUCCUGAUUUCAUCCUACAGAGUUCAGCAUUUUUAUAUCAACGCUUCUCAGUGCUCUGCUUCCUGUUAAUCGCCUGUGGCCACGGAAAGAAAUGGAAACUUCAUCCAGAAAAUAAUCCUUUAAAAAUCCGUUGCCUUGAUGAUUUAAGUUGAUGAUGUCUGAUGACGCAGUUGGAGUUAUUUUCAACAUAACAAGCUUGUUUUCUUGAGAUCACAAAUCAGUGUGUUUUUGGGUUGCAGGAAAAUACUUUGUAUUUUUUUUACAUUCCUAAAAUAUCUCUUGAAUUUUUUUUUUCAUGGUCACAAAAAAUAUAAUUUCACCAUCACAAGAAAACAUCAGGCUCAAUCCAAAUGUCCACCCUCUGGACAUGUGGACUUCAGUUGUACGUACUGUGAUGUGUUCACUGUCAUCAUGUAAAGACUGCAAGCAGCUGAUCGACAGCCCUUGAGUCCUCUUCAGCUUUUUGUACUUUAGUACUCUUACAUUUGCAUGUCCUUGAUCAUUUGGAAAGUUUUUAUUUAAAGAAAGAAAAAACAAGUGUUAGUCAAACUAAUUAUGCAAUGUGAGAUGAAUUUGGGUGGCAUGUUAAACUGAGCUAUGAGUGACGCCGGUAUUCUCCUUUUGUCAGAGGGAUUUUGUGGUUAAACAAUCUUGCUCUUGAUAAAUAUUGGUCAGAUCUGUAAGAUAAAUGAUGCUUUGUGAAUUUGUACAAUUUCUUUGUGUUUGGUUUGCAUUGGCCGGACAAUGGAUGCCAUUGUUUUAUGUUGUAUCAUCUGAUAUUUUGUGUUUAGGUCUUUUUUUUUCUUUUUUUUUCUCGUCAGUUCGUCUUUUCUUAUUGGCUGACAGGGACGCUGCCUUAAACUAGCUUUAAUGUUCUCAGCUAGAGCCCCACUCUCUGCGAGCUCAGAGAAAAGUCCUUAUUUAUUACCCCGCAGAACAACACCUGACUAACGCAGGGACAGAAAGCUAUCAAAUUACAGCCCGAAAAAUUAACUUUGUAACAUCCCGUUAUGGAUUUCUGAUCUAAUUUGGAAAAUGUAUGUAUAAAAUAUAUAAAUAUAUAUAUUAUAUAUUCAUGUUGUAAAACAUCUGUACUAAAAGUUGUGUUUGACAAAAAAAAGAAAAAAGAAAAUCUGGUGCAUUUUUUUCUGUAUGCACCUGUAUAAUUGACCUGUUUCUUUAAUGCUCCCAUCAGACGCUCUUUCUUUCAUGUUUUUUGUAUCGACUCUCCCGGUAGGGUAGACAUUCAUUUUUGGAUGAGAGAGGAAAAUUUGUCAGAGUCACAAUCUAACAGGUGCUGGUUGUUCCCAACAACGCGCCUGCCUAAACCUGGUAAAGUUGUCCUUUAAAGUGUAAAUCUGAUAGUAUUUGUGUUUUAUUGCUUUCUUUUUUCUAAUUUUGCACUGUGUGUAAAUGCAAUCUUGCUAGCACAAAAAAAAAUGUUGCCAAUAGUUGUCUCAACUUUGCCGCUGUAAAUGCUCUUUCUGUGCUCUGUUCCUCUCUCGCUCUUUCUCUGAUUGUAUCCCUCUUCAUGGAAAUGUUAGUUCUCUCUUUCAGUUCAUUGUGAUAUAUUUAGCUGCCUUUAUAUGCAAAUAAAAUUGCAAGAUUUUUACUUAUCAA